AUGCCGCGGCGGCCCCCGGCCGGGGCGCCUCCUCGCGAGGCGGCCGAGACGCCCCCUCCCAAGGCGCGGCCUCCGCGGGGCGCGCUGACCACCACGCCCGAGACGCCGGCGAAGCCCCGAAACUCUUCGACCCCAACCAAGCUCUCCGCAGGCCCCGCCAAGGGCAAGGGCCAGGGCGGCGCCGUGAGGCGCGCCAGCGUCAGCACCGACGACCAGCGACGGCCGACUGCUGCGGGGAGCGCGGGCCUGCGCACCGAGGCGGACGCGCUUCGGCACCGCGGCGCGCAGCCGCCGCCCUCGGCGGAGCCCGGCUCGUGCAGCGCGCCGCUGCUGCCGGCUGUGCUCGCGCUGCCCCCCGUGCCGCCAGCGGACUCCACGGCGGCCGCGGCGCGCAUGCUGCUCGCGGGGAUGAGCCAGCAUGCUCUGCCAGCGCCGUCGUCGCCGCUGCCAGGUGGCAGCGGGGUUCGUGGGGCUCCCGGGUUGGAGCGGGCAGUGGUCGCAGACGGAGCUGGAGCGGCCGCAGCCGCCGCAGCCCAGAGCGGGCCCGCGGUCGAGGAUGUCGUACCGGCCAGCGCAGCUUCCCGCACGGCAGCAGCCUUGCAGGAGCGGACGCCUCUUGUGCUCUUGAGCUGCCUGCUGGACUUUUGCUUCGAUCCCUUCGUGCUCCAGCACAGCGACUACAUGCAUGGCCUGAUCAAGACGCAGCUCGGCCCCCCCAAGAGCUGCCCCGCUGGCCCUUGGACCCGAGAGGAGCUUCUUGCCAUACGCUUGGGACCCAACGAGCUACUUGGCGCAGACAGUCGCGUAAAGGGUCUGCUGGCGCAGCUGCCAGAGGGCACGGCGCAGCGGCUUGGCGAGCUUGUCCGCCCCACGCGCUUGCGCUGGCUCGAAGGAGGCCGCUGGGGGUUGAGGGCCCCGCCAGAGGUACGUUACCCCUUGGUGCUGCAGCAGACCCCACCCGAAGGAGCACAACGUGUCAUCCAGGUCCUCUCCCACGCGGUCGACGGCCCCCUGAUGGAUACUUCCGCCCACGGUCACCAGCGCCGCUUGAGGCUCGGCAUGGAGCUGGGCGCCCACCCCUGCGACGUGGCCUGCCUGCAAGGUCUCGACCCGGAGGGCCUCGGAGGCGACAUCGCGGCGACCUUCUCCGGGUGGGGCUACAGUUGCUUCGCCAUGUCGGCCCGCCACACUGGAGGUGACGCCGACAGUCGCGAGCAGGUUGAGGAGGUGGAUCGCGAGAUGGCGGUGGCUGUCUUUUGGAACCAAGGCCGCUGGCGCGCAGUCGCUACGCACCGCUUCGAGAGUGGCGUGUCGGUGGACCUUCAGCCGCGGCGCGACGGCACGGCGGGCCAGAUCGUUCGCAUUGCGUGCAUCAUGCCUCAGCUGACGGACGGCUGCUUCACGGGCCUCGAGGCGGCGCUGCGGAAGCCCAGCCCAGGCUGCGUCGGCGCCCCGCCGAUCGUCGUCUGUGCCGACCUGGCCGAGCUGGGCGGCGCGGAGGCGGCUGCGAUCCUGCCCGGGCUCGCCAGCAUGCGGUCCGCCAUGGUCGAGGCCGUCGGCGCCGAGCUCUCCGCGCCCUGCGCUGGGGGGGCGCGGCCGAGGCAGCUCUGGCGGCCCGGCAGCAUCCUGGUCGACGGGGUGCAGGCCUCCUCGGUGCUCGCGGGCCACACCGACGACUACCUGGCGUGGCUGCCCGACGACCUGGUGCGGAAGCAGUUCCCCGCCGGCCGCCCGCUGUUGUGGGCGGAGCUGUGCUGGGACGACGGCCACGCCGCUUUCGCGGGGGGCGACCGCGUACAGUGA